GGUAUAUCAAAACAACAGAUAUGCGAGCAAGCCAGUGAGGUUAGACUGCUAGCAUUUAAAAGCAGAAAUCGACCACUUUUCCGGCAGAACCAGAGCAGAUUGCGAUAGACCAACGACACCUCGUAAAGACCAUUACAAUUUACCAUGAAAAGGCACUUGGGGACAUGUCUUUGGGUCCUGUGCUUGGCCUCCACGGCGUUUUCCAGCCUUGCGGUGACUACUUCGCCCAAACCAACGCUAGCUUCGGCGUUUAGUGGAAAAUCCAAAACAACCGCUGGUACCACUGCCGUGAAAGCGAAUAAGACGACGGUUGAGCUGCUGCCCAUGGUCAUCAACACUUGGAAAUUCACGGCUGCCAAUGUGCUGGCCUGGCGGAUUCUCAAGCAGAGCAAGGGUGGACUCCGGCAGACGCGGAACGCGGUAGUAGAGGGCUGUUCGAAGUGUGAGAAACUGCAGUGUGACCGAACGGUGGGCUAUGGCGGAUCUCCGGACGAGUUGGGCGAAACCACGCUGGAUGCAAUGGUUAUGGACGGAGCCACCAUGGAUGUGGGGGCAGUUGCCGGGCUGCGACGCAUUAAGGAUGCCAUCAAGGUGGCCCGGCACGUUCUGGAACACACGCAGCACACCAUGCUGGUGGGUGAUGCGGCGUCCGCUUUCGCCAAUGCUAUGGGAUUUGAGUCAGAAUCGCUAAUUACGCCAGAGUCGAAGGACAUGUGGUUGCAGUGGACGGCGGAGAACUGUCAGCCAAACUUCUGGAAGAACGUUCACCCGGAUCCCAAGGUCUCCUGCGGUCCGUACAAACCGCGGCCGACUCCCCUGACCCGCUGGAAGGAGGACCGUGCCCGGAAUGAGUACGAGAUCGGACGCAAGAACCACGACACCAUUGGCAUGAUCGCUAUCGAUGUGGAAAGCAAUAUACACGCCGGCACCUCCACCAACGGGGCGCGUCACAAGAUUCCCGGACGGGUUGGAGACUCCCCCAUUCCGGGUGCCGGUGCUUAUGCAGACAACGAGGUGGGUGCUGCCGUAGCCACCGGUGACGGAGAUGUGAUGAUGCGCUUCCUGCCCUCACUGCUCGCUGUAGAGGCCAUGCGGGCAGGAAAACCGCCUGCUGAGGCAGCUCAAGAGGGCCUUCGCCGCAUUCUCAAGUACCACAAGGACUUUAUGGGUGCCCUCAUCGCCGUGGAUCGGCUGGGAAAUUAUGCCGCCGCAUGCUACGGACUGGACGAAUUCCCCUUUAUGGUGAGCAGUCCAGCCGGAACAGAUGGGCCCACGCGCUUGGAAACGGUCAAAUGUAUAGCUGGUCAAGACAAAGUAAAUGUCGUGUCGUUGUGAGGUGGCGGAAACUAUAAAUUAUUUCAAUAAAAUGUAUAAUUCGUUGGGUAUCCUUGUCAUUAAACAUUGUGGUAUUCAAAAGGCGGUAUUUGUUUGGGCCUAUCGGCAGAGCGAUAGGCGAGUGCUUAUACCGUAAAGUAGUAGUAAACAAAUUAUCGAUAUGUAGGGAUUCUAACAUUAUGGUCACUCUUAAGUACAGUGGUAAGUGUAGUUGGUAUCCGUAUUAACACAUCACGAGCUGUGAUAAACAUAUUAACAAUAAAGUAUUAGAAUAGAUUGGAAAACGAGAUUUUAAAUAUUUGAUAAUAUCUGGUUAUAAUAAAAGUACGGAGCACAACGGAAAUACUUGAUUCAGUUGUAAAUACUUUUAAAACUUAGCACUAAGUCCGAAAUGUUUAAUAUUGGAAAUCAAUAUUUUUUUGCCGGGUAUUAAUUUAUAAUUGAAAAUACUGGAAGUAUGAAUAUUUAUUUGUAUAUAAAUAAUAUAUAUUAAAAUUAAAAUAUUUGUGUUGAAACAUUGCAUCGUGAGAGUACUGUGCCACUUAUAUGUUGCAAAAUUUGGCUCAUCCCUAAGUUACUGUACCAAAAAGCGGCAUUUCUGGUAUUUGCAUGACGCACGGUCACAUUUUCCGCCAAUUUACCGACGCCAAAUACAGAAGAGGAAAAGAGAAGCGAACGGUGCGAAAGCGGAGAGAAAAAGAAGCGAAUCUAAGUUAUAUAUAUUAAUUAGUGUGUCGCGUGUAAA